UAAAUAUUUGUGUGCUGAGUGAAGUGUGCAGUUUUUAAGAAAUCAUGGCAUCUUCAUCGAUAGCUCCUUUAGUGUUAAUGAAAAAGGGGAAACGUGCAGCUGCACAAUAUAUUCAAGCAGAAUGCUCCAAUACAACAUCACCACAACAUUUAAAUGAACUUUUAGAUUUAUUAUUAAAUCCUGGAAAAGCAAUUGAUGAAUGGGAAACAAUUGAUUGGUGUAAAUGGCUUAUGGCUUCAGGUCAAACACCUGAUGAAUUUGCAAAUACUGUACGAACUUACGAUAACGCAACGACAUGUGGUUUAGUAUGGACACCAAAUUUUGUAGCAUAUAGAUGUCGAACGUGUGGCAUAUCACCAUGUAUGUCAUUAUGUACAGAGUGUUUCAAGAAAGGUAAUCAUCAUCGUCAUGAUUUUAACAUGUUUUUAAGUCAAGCAGGUGGUGCUUGCGAUUGUGGUGAUACAUCGGUUAUGAAAGAAACUGGUUUCUGUGAUCGACAUGGGCCAAAUAAAAUAGUCAAUAAAUCAGCUGCACCUGCAGAUUUAAUGUGUGUUGCUGAAGCAAUAAUGCCUCGAAUUAUUUUAAGACUUAUACAACAUCUACGAGAACACAGUAAAAAUGAAAAUUCAGAAUCGUAUAGGAUAGCCAUUCAAGAUGCUGAUUCAUUUAUCACAAUGCUAUUAGAUUUUAAUAAUAUGGGUGCUUUAAUGCGGCGAGUUAUUACAACAGCACUUACAAACCCACAGAAAUAUCGCAGUCUCUUAGAAAUACCACAAAAUAAAAGUGAAUACGCAAAGUAUAUGGUAGAAAGUAAACGAUUAUAUGAAGAAGCUAUAAAAAGUUUACCAAAUCCAGAUCCACCAGAUGAUUAUAAGGAUUGUCCAUCACUACAAGAACAAUUAGUGCAUAAAACAUUUUUAGAGGAAUUAGUUUUUUGGACUGUUAAAUUUGAAUUUCCUCAAAAAGUUGUGUGUUUAUUGUUGAAUAUGUUACCAGAUCCAGAUUAUAAGGAAGCAUUAACACAAGCAUUUGUGUUACAUUAUAGUAGAAUCUCAAUGAUGCUCGAACGUUCCAGUGAUCCUGAUACACUCAGUAAUCGUGUUGUACAUGUUAGUGUACAAUUAUUUUCAAAUGAAAGUUUAGCAUUACGUAUGGCGGAAAAUUUAAAUUUACUUCACGUUAUGGUCAUCAGUCUUAAAUAUAUGAUGAGUAAUAUUCUUAUUCAAAACACUUUGCACGAUCCAAAACAUAAUUUUCAUUUUGUGGUGGAUUGUAGUCGGCAAGUAAUGAAAGAACAUUGUUAUUGGCCUUUGGUGUCUGAUUUAAAUAAUGUGUUAUCACAUAAACCUGUUGCAAUAAAGUUUAUGAACGAUGAUGCGUUGUUAGAUAUGUGGUUCGUGUUUUUAUCUAUGUUUCAAGGCAUGAACGUAAAUAUACGUGAAUUGGAUCAUCACGUUGAAUUCGAACCAAAUACAUAUUACGCAGCAUUUAGUGCUGAACUUGAAGCCAGUGCGUAUCCAAUGUGGGCAUUGGUAUCACAUUUAGUGGACAGUUCAACUGUUGAAUAUACUAAACGUGUGCUAAAUAGUUGUUUAACAGCUCUACAAGAAUGGUUGGAUGCUGUUAGUUUUACUAAUCAUAGUGUGGAUGAUUGUUAUCAAGUAUCAUUUCAUCUUCCACUUCAUCGAUAUUUUGCUGUUUUUAUGUGUCAAGCCAUUAAAAUGCAGGGUGUUUCAUUACGUGAAGUUUUACCAAGCUCAGAUAUUUUACAUCUAAUCAUGAUGCAUCCGUUGCGUGUUCAGGUGGCAUUUUACGAAAUUUUAUCUGGUAUGUGGGUUCGAAAUGGAUUACAAAUCAAAGGUCAAGCAAUGACCUAUAUUCAAUGUAAUUUUUGCAAUUCAAUGGUCGAUGCUGAUAUUUAUUUAUUGCAAGUUUGUUCAACGCAACUAGAAGCUCAAUUUUUUAUUGAAACAUUAAUUGAAAAAUUUCACAUAAAGGAAAGUUUAACAUUUGGUCCAUCAUAUCGAGAUAAAGGUUAUUUGGACAGUGGAAUAACAUCACCAAUUCCAUCAAUGCUAGAAAGUUGUUUAACAUUUCUAGCAACAUUAAUCAAUGUUCGAACAAAUCUUGGUCUCAGUGAUAAUGCACUAAAUCGGUUAGAAAUGGUAACGCUGCUUUGCAUGAAUGAUAAAACACAUUCACAAUUAAUGGAACUAAUGCCCGAACGUUGUGGAACAUCACAGCAUCGUGAUUUUGAAGCAUUACUAGCUGAGGUUGCUGAUUAUAAAGCACCAAAUUUAGAGGCCAGUGGUACAAUGCAACAAGGCAUGUAUGUUCCAAAAUCUAUUGUUUGGGAACAGCAAUAUGAUCCAUUACAUGUAUUAUUAAGAGCGGUACAUCGACGAGAUUUUCAAACAUCGAUGGAUCGAUUUACAGAAUAUGGAAGACAUGCAGGAAAAUUGAAAAGUAGUCAAACACCAUGGCCACCAUUUCGUGAACCAGCACCCUGUAGUGACGCUUAUGAAGAUCCACGUAAAGUGUUACGAACUCGACUGUUUCAUGCACUUAUGUUUGUUGUCUUAUUCAAAGCCGUCCAUGGUCAUAAUAUAUCCGAGCAUUGUAUGGCAUUGGCCAUAUAUCUUUUAGAAAUGGCUGUGGUUACUGCAAACAAACCAACUGAUCGGGCCUGUAAUGUAUAUCCAACUUCUACAUCAUCCAGAUCCAUUCAAGAUCUAGACCUGAUUAACUGGUUUGAAACAGAUAAUCUAAUCGAUAAUCUUCGAACUGUAAUUUCAAAAAUUACAUUAGCACCAGAACCUGAAGUUCUUCCAACGACGUACAGCUCGGAUGGAAGUGACAUGGAAUGGGAUGCUGAAGCAGACAACGAAAUGCUUUCAGAUAUCACUGAAGGUGCAGCAAAUUCAACGUUAAUGUUAGAAGAAAGUUCUGGCAUAUCACCAUCGGAUUACAUUGUAGCAAUCACAAGUCCAAAUGCGAUUGCUUUAAAUCCGGAUCGUUCUGUAGUUCCUGAACAAAGUGUAGCACCUGCUGCCAUGGAUGAAGAUGAAGAUAGUCCAACAAUAUUAGCAUUGCCACCAGCCAUAACUACUCCAAACACGGAGUUAGCUCUUGCCGUCCCCGAAGAUAUGUCUGUUGCCACUGUUGAUACAAUUAUGGAAUUUAUUUCAGAACCAGGUACAAGUGGAGAUGGUGGUCAACAGCAAGUCGCAAUCCUACCUUCAGAACAGCCGUCAACUAGUCAUGAAUUAGCAAUUCCAACAACAUCGUCAAUACCUCGCAAACAAUAUCAUACUCCAAAAAGGCGGCAAGUAGAAGGAUCUCCCAAUCCACUAACAGUUAAAGUCAAUGAAAAUAUUAUUUCGCUAUUAUUAAAACUUCAUUCCCAAUUAUCGGGGAUACCAGACAGCUAUAACCUAGAAGAAGAAACCAACACAACAACGACUUCGAACGCAAAUGAGAAUCGUAUCGGCGAUGGUCCAUUUUUUGUUGGUAAUCUUCUAAAUAAAAUUGCAGCUUUAGAUAGUUUAUGUAGGGAAAGUAUAAAAGAGACACGUAAUCGUUUAUGGCCAAAGCAACAAGUGCGCGAAGAGGAACAACGACAAAAAGAGGAUUUAGAACGAGAGCAACGGCGUAUACGAGCGAGAGAACGACAACAGAAAUUAUUAGCGGAAUUUGCAUCGAAACAAAAUCAAUUUUUAGAGAAAACGAAAGAAGCCGCUGAAGGUAAUACAUCGGGAAUGGAUUGGCAAGAAAAAGAAAGUUCCCGACAAGAGUAUGACUGUGUUAUAUGUAAUCAAACGACACCUAGUACAGAAGAUGAACCUAUGGGAUUAGUAGUUUUAGUCCAGUCUACCAGUGUAACAGCACAUAGAAGGCGAGAUCCAGAACGAGUAGUUUUACCAACUUCAGAGGAAGAACGACAAACAUUUCAUCGUGAUGACAUUCUAGCAAGUGAAUUUGAUCGACGUGUUGAAGAAUUAGAUAGACAUUUUGAUAGUCAAUCAUGGCUUCUAUCUGUAAAUCUUGGAUGGGAAGGUGGUGUUCAUGUCCAAACUUGUGGUCAUCAUUUACAUUUAGAUUGUUUAAAAUCAUAUUUACAAUCAUUGCGUAGUCAACAUAGGAAUCAAACUUUGGCUGUUGAUAGGGGUGAAUAUUUGUGCCCGUUGUGUAGACAAUUAGCAAAUUCUGUAUUACCAUUAUCACCACAAUUAGGAGAAUGUACAGCAAUUGUGCGAUCUAGACCUGGAACGAUGGAUGGUAUUUUAUCAGAAUUAACAAAUUUCUUAAAAGAAAAUCAAAAACCUACGAGUACAUCAAAUUUAGCCGAAGCAAUGGGUAAAUCAAUGGAAGAUAUGACAAAUAGUACACAUUUAAAAUUCAAACAAAAGGUGGCACCACCAAUGCAUCAAAGUUUAUUUUUAUUUGUUACAUCAAUAGCACGAACAAAUUUAGAAAUCGAAUUAAUACAACGUGGCGGUUCAUUGUGUACGGACACUACAACAAAUAAUAAUAAUACACAUCCAACAUUAUCGUUAAUGCCAAAACGUGAUUGUAUUGUACCAUUGUUACAUGUAUUGGCUGUACAUGCACGUGUCUUAGCUCAAUGGCCAACAUGGCAAAUAUGGACACAAAUAACUGGUGUACAAGGAUCACCCACUACCUCACCGAUGGCACUUACAACAAUUGAACGUGAAGUACCAUUGUUACUUAAAGAUCCUUCAGCAUUGUUAAUUCAAUUUAUUUUAUUGUUACCUCUUCACUUAGAUCAAGCUUAUUUUUCUAGUGUAGUAAAAACAUUAUAUAAUUUAUUAUAUUAUCAAGUAGUUGCUCAAUUGACAUGUUCAAUGACAAAUCGUGAACGUCAACAUGUUAUUAAUAAAUGUCGUGCUAAAACAUUUGAAUCACAUGUAAACGAAUGUAAAGCUUUACAACCAGCUGAAAAACCAUCAACAUCAACCAUUCAUCAUCAACCAAAUCAUUAUGCAACGUGUUCGUCUGCAACAGCGUCCUCUUCAUCAUCAAUGCAUUCACCAGCAUCAUCAUCUUCUUCAUCAACAGCAGCUAACAAUAAUAUAUCAUUGUAUGAUACACUGUAUUCAGUGAUUGAAUCAUUUAAUACAAGUGAAUUGUAUAUCGAAGAUGAGAAUUGUGGAAGUAGUUCACAGAGUACAACGUCUUCAUGUAGUACUGGUGCUGUUAAAUUCAAUAUUCAGUCAUUAGAAAUACAGGUACAAAAAUUAUGUCUACCAUUUUUACGAAUUGCAGCUUUGUUAAAAUAUCACUUAUAUCAGCAAUCAUUGCCCGAAGUACGAUCACCGCAAAGUGAAUUCGUUCGGCUUGUAUAUUAUUUAGAAUUAGUAACAGAAGGUAUGGAUUGGAAUUGUUUUAAUGCGGCAGUUGCAUUGAAUUGGGCAAGUCCAGAAAUACGAUUGGAAACGCCACGUCUAUGGUGUAAUCAAUUCUCAGCAUUUGUAGCACGUAGUCAAAUUGCAGCAAGAAACUUUUUAAUAGAUCAGCAUGUUAUUUGGCAUCCACCACGACUAUUACGUUUACCUAAAGAAUAUGAAAAAAUAUUUACGUAUUAUCAUGAGAGACAGUGCAGUCAAUGUCAUUCCGUUCCACAAGAGACAAGUGUAUGUUUAUUAUGUGGUACAGUUGUAUGUUUAAAACAAGGUUGUUGUAAAACACAGAAUGUAUGUGAAGCUGUACAGCACAGCAUUGAUUGUGGCGGUGGUACUGGUAUUUAUUUAGUGGUCACAUCCACAUACAUUAUUGUUAUACGCGGACGACGUGCAUGUCUUUGGGGUUCAUUAUAUUUAGAUGAUUUUGAGGAAGAAGAUCGUGAUUUAAAGCGUGGUAAACCACUACAUUUAAGUCAGGAUCGAUAUCAACUAUUGGAGCAACAAUGGCUGACACAUCGUUUUGAUCAUACUAAAAAAACAUGGGUUUGGCAUAGAGACGCACUGUGAUUAUUUAUACCUAUUUCUCAUUUUAUAUAGUCAUUAUAUACAAAAAAAUUAUGUUGCAAAUAUUAAUUAAAAAAACUCUUUUAUUACA